GCGGCGCGGCGCGGCGAGGCCGAGGCGCUCGGGGCCCGUUUCAAACCGGCGGUCGCUGGGCCGCGGCCCGGCACGAGAUGGCGGAGAGCGACAGGGCGGAGGCGGCCGCGCCGCGCCGAGCCGAGGAAGCGGCCGGCCAAGCACCACAGCCGCCGCCGCAGCAACAGCAGCAGCCGGCACCGCAACAACAGACGCCGCAACAGCCGCCGCAGGAUGAGGAGGCGGCGGCGGCGGCGGCGGCGGCCGCGGCCGCAGCACCCGGUAGCGGCGCGGGCAGCGCAAAUGGCGUCAAAAUGGAUAAUGAUGAGACAGCAAAAGAAGGGAAAGCACCUGUGAAAGAGAAGUUCGUUGCAAAAGCGAAGGCAAUCCCUUCUCUUGGAAACAAGAAUAGAUUCCACCCCUAUGCAAAGGAGAAGAAUGCAGGCUCUGGGGACAAGAAGGCUGUUAAUCGCAAUAGAGUUUUUAUUAGCAACAUCCCAUAUGACAUGAAAUGGCAAGCUAUUAAAGACCUGAUGAGAGAGAAAGUUGGUGAGGUUACAUACGUGGAGCUGUUUAAGGAUGCUGAAGGAAAAUCAAGGGGUUGUGGUGUGGUUGAAUUCAAAGAUGAAGAAUUUGUUAAGAAGGCAUUAGACACUAUGAACAAAUAUGAUCUUAGUGGAAGACCCCUGAAUAUUAAAGAGGAUCCUGAAGGGGAACAUGCUCGUAGAGCACUACAGCGUGGAGGAGGGCAGUUUCCAGGAGGACAUGGACCUGAUGCGGCACCUGGAAUGAUGAAUUUACCACCUUCUAUUCUCAAUAAUCCAAACAUUCCUCCUGAGGUUAUCAGUAAUUUGCAAGCAGGCAGGCUUGGAUCCACGAUUUUUGUUGCCAAUCUUGACUUCAAAGUUGGCUGGAAGAAACUGAAGGAGGUCUUCAGCAUUGCUGGAACUGUGAAGCGUGCAGACAUCAAAGAAGAUAAAGAUGGCAAGAGUCGAGGAAUGGGAACAGUUACUUUUGAACAAGCAAUUGAAGCUGUUCAAGCGAUAUCUAUGUUCAAUGGACAAUUCCUGUUUGACAGACCCAUGCAUGUAAAAAUGGAUGACAAAUCAGUUCCUCAUGAAGACUUCCGUGUUGUGGACAGCAAAAGUUCACAAUUACCUCGUGGUCUUGGUGGCAUUGGUAUGGGACUUGGACCAGGUGGACAGCCCAUCAGUGCAACACAGCUGAGCAUGGGUGGUGGAAUGGGGAGCAUGGGUCCAGGAGGUAUGGGAAUAGACGGCCCAGGAUUUGGUGGAAUGAGUAGAAUGGGAGGCGGACUUCCUGGAUUUCGUGGAAUGGAAGGAAUGCCUAACAUGGGAGGAUUUGGAGUCAACCGAAUGGGAGAAAUGUUCCGUGGUGGAAUGGGAGCAAACAUGGAAAGAGAAUUUGGUCGUGGUGACAUGGCAUUGAACCGUGGUUUUGGAGAGUCUUUUGGAAGGAUGGGUGGUGGAAUGAUUGGUGUUUUUGCAGGAGGAAUGGGAGCACCUAGCAUGGGCCCAGUAAGAUCUGGAAUGAGUGGUGGAAUGGGUGGUAUGAACAAUAUGGCUGGAGGAAUGGGAAUGGAUCGGAUGGGUUCCGGUUUUGAUCGAAUGGGACCAGCAAUGGGUGGAGGCCUGGACAGGAACAUGGACAUCGAUCGAGGAUUUGUGCCUGGCCCGAUGGGAGGUGGCAUGAGAGAGAGAUUAGGCUCUAAAGGCAACCAGAUAUUUGUGAGAAAUCUUCCUUUUGACUUGACCUGGCAGAAGCUAAAGGAGAAAUUCAGUCAAUGUGGUCAUGUAAUGUUUGCAGAAAUAAAAAUGGAGAAUGGAAAAUCAAAGGGCUGUGGAACAGUCAGAUUUGACUCACCAGAAUCUGCUGAAAAGGCCUGUAGGAUAAUGAACGGCAUAAAAAUCAGUGGCAGAGAAAUUGAUGUCCGCUUGGAUCGCAAUGCGUAAUUUAAAACUGUGUGUUCAGGAACAUUCCUAUGUCUGUUUAGCUUCUCUAUCUUAGUAAGUCAUUUUUAGUAACAUUGUAUGCUUACAAAAGCUGUAAAAAGGAACUUUUAAAUCCCACCAGCCUUUAACAGUAUAGUGUUUAAUAUACUGUGAUACUUGUUAACUGAAUCUUACUAUGUUUGGUUUUUAAAGACAAUUUGCCUGAUUUUUGUUGUUUUUUUAGAGGCACUGAGCACCUGCAGGUCCCUAUAGACUGUGGAUGCUUUGGAUGCUCAGUGCCUUUGGAAAAUUAGGCCAAGUGUCUCUAGUCAUUCAGUUUAAAUGAAUGGUUAUACUGUUUUUAAUAAAAUAAGCCAUUUUCUCUGUUAA